AUUGAUGGAGAAGACGGGUGAUUUCUGCAUUUCCAACUGAGGUACCUGGUUCAUCUCAAUGGGACUGGUUGGACGGUGGGUGCAGCCCACGGAGGGCGAGCCACAGCAGCAUCUCACCUGGGAAGCUCAAGGGAUUAUCUGCAAUUAUGAAAUGAAGUAACUCAAGAUGAGCAAGUUAAAAGUGAUACCAGAGAAAAGCCUUACCAAUAAUUCUAGGAUCGUGGGACUCCUGGCUCAGCUGGAGAAGAUCAAUGCUGAACCUUCAGAAUCAGACACUGCCCGAUAUGUUACAUCAAAAAUUCUUCAUCUGGCUCAGAGUCAAGAGAAAACAAGGAGAGAAAUGACAGCCAAAGGUUCUACAGGAAUGGAAAUUCUGCUGUCAACAUUAGAGAACACAAAAGAUCUUCAAACUACACUUAAUAUCUUAAGCAUUCUUGUUGAGCUGGUGUCAGCUGGUGGAGGUCGAAGAGUGAGUUUCUUGGUCACCAAAGGUGGUUCACAAAUAUUGUUGCAGUUACUUAUGAAUGCCAGCAAAGAAUCUCCCCCACAUGAGGACUUAAUGGUACAGAUUCAUUCUAUUCUUGCAAAGAUUGGACCAAAAGAUAAAAAAUUUGGAGUAAAGGCUAGAAUUAAUGGGGCUCUGAAUAUAACCCUGAAUUUGGUCAAGCAGAAUUUGCAGAAUCAUCGCUUGGUUCUACCUUGCCUUCAGCUUUUACGAGUAUAUUCUGCCAACUCUGUGAAUUCAGUAUCCUUAGGGAAAAAUGGAGUUGUGGAACUGAUGUUUAAAAUCAUUGGACCAUUUAGUAAGAAGAAUUCCAGUCUUAUAAAGGUUGCUUUAGACACUCUUGCUGCAUUGCUAAAAUCAAAAACAAAUGCCAGGAGAGCUGUAGACAGGGGAUAUGUCCAAGUGCUUUUAACAAUUUAUGUAGAUUGGCACCGUCAUGAUAACCGGCAUAGAAACAUGCUCAUUCGGAAAGGAAUUUUACAGAGUUUAAAAAGUGUUACAAACAUCAAGUUGGGAAGAAAAGCAUUUAUUGAUGCCAAUGGGAUGAAAAUUCUGUAUAAUACUUCGCAAGAAUGUCUAGCAGUCAGGACUCUGGAUCCUCUUGUCAAUACCUCCAGUCUGAUAAUGAGGAAGUGUUUCCCAAAAAAUCGACUGCCACUCCCAACAAUUAAAAGUUCUUUUCAUUUCCAGUUGCCUGUUAUUCCUGUGACUGGUCCUGUGGCUCAGCUCUACAGCUUACCCCCUGAAGUGGAUGACGUAGUAGAUGAAAGUGAUGACAACGAUGAUAUUGAUGUAGAAGCUGAAAACGAAACUGAGAAUGAAGAUGACCUAGAUCAAAAUUUUAAGAAUGAUGAUAUUGAAACAGAUAUUAACAAACUAAAACCCCAGCAAGAACCGGGACGAACAAUAGAAGAUCUAAAAAUGUAUGAACACCUUUUCCCUGAGCUUGUUGAUGAUUUUCAGGACUAUGAUUUAAUCUCCAAAGAACCAAAGCCUUUUGUAUUUGAGGGAAAUGUACGUGGUCCUAUUGUUGUUCCUACGGCAGGUGAGGAAGCAUCUGGGAAUUCUGGCAAUUUAAGAAAAGUUGUAAUGAAGGAGAACAUAUCUUCUAAAGGAGAUGAAGGUGAAAAGAAGUCUACCUUUAUGGAUCUAGCAAAAGAAGAUAUUAAAGAUAAUGAUAGAACAUUACAACAGCAGCCAGGUGAUCAAAAUAGAACUAUUUCAUCAGUCCAUGGUUUAAACAAUGAUAUUGUAAAGGCCUUGGACCGAAUUACAUUGCAGAAUAUUCCUUCUCAAACAGCCCCAGGUUUUACUGCAGAAAUGAAGAAGGACUGCAGUCUUCCUCUUACUGUCCUUACCUGUGCUAAAGCUUGUCCACACAUGGCUACUUGUGGAAAUGUUCUGUUUGAGGGAAGAACAGUUCAGCUAGGGAAGCUUUGCUGCACUGGAGUUGAAACUGAAGAUGAUGAAGAUACUGAGUCAAAUUCAUCAGUAGAACAAGCAUCGGUUGAAGUACCUGAUGGACCAACACUCCAUGACCCAGACCUCUAUAUUGAGAUUGUGAAAAAUACGAAGUCUGUCCCAGAAUAUUCAGAGGUGGCUUAUCCCGAUUAUUUUGGUCACAUUCCGCCUCCAUUCAAAGAGCCUAUUUUAGAAAGGCCUUAUGGUGUACAAAGGACAAAAAUUGCUCAAGAUAUUGAAAGGCUAAUACAUCAGAGUGAUAUCAUAGAUCGUGUGGUAUAUGACUUAGAUAACCCAAAUUACACCAUUCCAGAAGAGGGAGAUAUUUUGAAAUUUAACUCCAAAUUUGAGUCUGGGAAUCUGCGCAAAGUAAUUCAAAUUAGAAAAAAUGAAUAUGAUCUUAUUCUGAACUCAGACAUAAACAGCAAUCAUUAUCAUCAGUGGUUUUACUUUGAAGUCAGUGGAAUGCGGCCAGGUGUUGCUUACAGGUUUAACAUCAUUAACUGUGAAAAGUCCAACAGUCAGUUUAAUUAUGGUAUGCAACCACUCAUGUAUUCAGUUCAGGAAGCAUUAAAUGCUAGACCAUGGUGGAUUCGUAUGGGGACUGACAUUUGUUACUAUAAAAAUCAUUUCUCAAGAAGUUCAGUUGCUGCAGGUGGGCAAAAGGGAAAAUCCUACUAUACAAUUACAUUUACUGUCAAUUUUCCACAUAAAGAUGAUGUUUGCUAUUUUGCUUAUCACUAUCCAUACACGUAUUCAACUUUACAGAUGCAUCUUCAAAAAUUGGAAUCAGCACACAAUCCUCAGCAAAUCUAUUUUCGGAAAGAUGUGUUAUGUGAAACCCUGUCUGGAAACAGCUGCCCCUUGGUGACUAUAACAGCAAUGCCAGAGUCUAAUUAUUAUGAACAUAUCUGCCAUUUCAGAAAUCGUCCUUACGUUUUCUUGUCUGCUCGGGUACAUCCUGGAGAAACUAAUGCAAGUUGGGUUAUGAAAGGAACGUUGGAAUAUCUCAUGAGCAAUAACCCCACUGCUCAGAGCUUACGAGAAUCUUAUAUUUUUAAAAUUGUCCCUAUGUUAAAUCCAGAUGGUGUCAUCAAUGGAAAUCAUCGCUGUUCUUUAAGUGGAGAGGAUUUAAAUAGGCAGUGGCAAAGUCCAAAUCCGGAUUUACAUCCUACAAUUUACCAUGCUAAGGGGCUGUUGCAAUACUUGGCUGCAGUGAAGCGUUUACCCUUGGUUUAUUGUGAUUAUCAUGGCCAUUCCCGAAAGAAGAAUGUAUUUAUGUAUGGUUGCAGCAUCAAAGAGACAGUGUGGCAUACCAAUGAUAAUGCAACUUCAUGUGAUGUUGUGGAGGAUACGGGAUACAGGACAUUGCCUAAGAUACUGAGCCAUAUCGCCCCAGCAUUUUGCAUGAGCAGCUGUAGCUUCGUAGUGGAAAAAUCUAAAGAAUCCACAGCACGUGUUGUAGUUUGGAGGGAAAUAGGAGUACAAAGAAGUUAUACCAUGGAGAGUACUUUAUGUGGCUGUGAUCAGGGAAAAUACAAGGGUUUACAAAUUGGUACUCGAGAACUGGAAGAGAUGGGAGCAAAAUUUUGUGUUGGUCUUUUACGUUUGAAAAGACUGACCUCUCCAUUGGACUAUAAUCUGCCUUCCAGCCUGCUUGACUUUGAAAAUGAUUUAAUUGAAUCAAGCUGCAAAGUAACUAGGAACCUUGGCAGCUCUGAACUUCAGUUUUUGCCUCCAAUCCUUUGAAAUUGCUGAAAACUCUGAUGACUUCUCUGCCUCUAACAGCUGCCCUUGCUUGGCCUGGGUUCCACUGGACUUUGUCCCACGCACCUUUUUUUCUUUGCUGAUUUUGCUUUGUAUCCUUUCACUGUAAUAAGUCAUAACUGAAUUCAACUGUGUGCUGAGUCCUGUGAGUCUUCCUAGCAAAUCACUAACCCUGUGGUGGUCUUGGGACCCCUGAUAAGCAUGUUCAUUCUGAAUUUCUGUAAAGGUUGGUUAUCUAGAUUCUAAUGUUCUACUGAGAGUGAUCAGAGAUAGAUGGUAUUGUGAUCCUUUUAUGGAUGUGUGCAGCUGAGGCUCAGAGAGAGAAAUUUACCUGAGGCCAUCCAUCUAGAAAUUCCUGUCAGAAUCAGGAAUUGGAUUGAGGUCUAACUCUAAAAUUCACGUUCCUUUAUUGUAUCUUGUAUCCCCCAAGUAUGUAACCAAAAUUAAUAGAAUAUAAUGGUUUCAAUUUUUGAAAUGCUCUUGUCUAAUUUGGAUAAUUUAAUCAUUUAACAGUUUCAUUAUGUGUAAGGAAUGUUUUAGUUCAAUGGCAAAAUAAGUUGGAGCUUAGUGACAUAGUUAAUUGCUGCUUCCCAAAGCUAGCUUAGUGAUACAGCUGCUCCUUGACUUACAGUGGGAUUAUGUCCCGAUAAACCCAUCAUAAGUUGAAAAUACCAUAAGUUAAAAGCCCGUUUCCUAUACCUAGCCUACAUUAAACAUACUCAGAACACUUAAACAGUAGCCUGCAGUCAGGCAAAAUCAUCUAAGGCAAAGCCUGUUUUAUAAUAAACUGUUGGAUAUCUCAAGUAAUUUAUUGAAUAUUAUACUGAAAUAACGGAAUGGUUUCGCACCAUUGUAAAGUCAAAAAAUUUUAAGUUGAACUAUUACAAGUCAGGGACUGUAUUGUACUUUUCAACAAAAGUACAAAUAAAUUAGCAAAUUUCUUUUUUUUUUCAAAUAGACAUAUUCUCUCAUUGGAUAUUCUGUACGCUAGUUCUGUGUGUGUAUGCAUGUAUGUCUAUAUGCUGUAGCCAUUUAAGCCUGACAGAAAUUGUUACUUGCAUUUUCUAUGGAUAACUUUGUUUACUGUGUGAUAUUUUUAGGAGAUGCUAUAUUUAUCUCUCAUAAGAUAGGAAUAAAAUUUUAUAAAUUAUAUAAAUGAAACAUCUUCUGGUAUUUGUACAAAUAGAAAGAUUUUCUUUCACCCUAAAUCUGACAUUUCAAUACAAGAAAAUCAGACACAAUCAGCAAUUCACAAAUUGCCAAUAAUUUAGGCAAUGGCAUAUUUUUCUGUUUCUGCAAUUUUCAAAAAUUAUCCCCCAUGAUAUUUUAUUAUGCUAUCUUAAAACAGGUAGGUUAUUCUCAAAAGUUAACAGUGCAGAGUUAAAGGAGGGUUCUGAGGUGCAAAGGUAGAUGGAGUAUUUUUCAUCCUAUUGGCUUGAGACAGGCCAUGCCUGGGUUCUUUAGAAAUUGAGAAAGAUUGAUUUACUGUUUUCUUUAACAAGGUAGGUUUUAUUAUUGUCAUAAUAUGAGCCCAGCAACUUUGUGAGAUAGGUGGGACUGAUAUUGUUAUCUCUGCUUUACACUGAGAAACCUGUGCUCAGAGAGAGGAAAUGGCUUGCUCUGGGUCACACAACUGGUGAAUACAGUAGAGGCACAGCCCAGAAUUUCCAACUCCAUGGGCAGUGUUUUUUGCUUUCGUCAUGCCUGUUGUAGGUCAUGGAGUUGAAGAUCUGUAUUCUGGUGUCUUGGAUGGCAAAUCAGUUCUCAUGGAAGGAGAUGGCAUAUAUUUGAGGGAGAAUGGUGCAUUUUUUAGGUUUAGUUUUGUGUUACACUUAAUGUGAGGGUGGCCAGAAAACUUUCUGAAUCUGCAUAAAGUAAAAUUGUUUUGUUCUCUUUAGAAAUCAGUUGGAAUUAUAAACCUUUUCUGCAUCAUAAUGAUACCAUACAGCAGAGAAUUUCAAUGCAUUCAUCCUGUCAGAAAGGCUCUUUGAAAGUUUUGAUGUUUUUCUUGAAGCAGCAUGACAGGAUUUGGUUUUGGACUAAAAUGCUGUUUUCUUUAGAAGGAAAUAUUUCUUAAUUGCUUUUGGCUUAGUCUAUUCAGAGUAGAAGGAUAGAUGUUAAGGCAGGUGUACACAGGGCAGCUGUCAGAAAAGGAUGCAGAACAAGCCAAAAGGAGUAAACUUAUCUGAAGAAAAUGGGGGAAGCAAGGAAACAGUGGCAUUAAAACAAAGUAAUCAUGACAAGAAAUAAUUAAGUACUGGUUAGACUUUUUUUUUCUUAUGAUUGUAAGAAUUUUUGGACUCCUAUCUGCUUAUUUAAAGCGAUUAUUUUAUAAACAUAGGGCAAGUGACCUUGAAGUCUUUUUUUUCAGUGAAGGUUUUGUGAGAAUCAUAGGAAAUAAUGUCUAUGAAAGCAUUUCCUACAUUGUAAAGACAUUGAAAUUAUUAAUAAAAGCAAAGAUGAAUUGCUGU